UUUUGUAUUGAUAGGUCAAGGGUGUGCAUGGCUGACCUCUGCCGACGUAAUUCAAAGAGUAUUUGGACAGACGUUUGUGCUAGAUGAGAACAGCUGUACAUCCGUACACCCUUUUGGAAGAUCACUACUCCAGAGACAAUGCCUCCUGGCGCCAGGCGCCGCUGUCCCGGUCUCUCCAGAAGGCCGAGGCCGUCCUGCGAACGCGCCUGAACCCCAGCCUUCGCCGUAACUUCCAGAUGGCCUCGUCCUCGUCCUCGUCCCCGUCCCGACCUUCCGGAAGGCUCCAGAGCGUCGAGCGGAACGUGGCGGAGCUCGGCGCCGAAUGUCACCUCCUGUGGGACGCGGCGGCGGGACGGCUCCAAACGCGCGGCUGCGUCAGGGCCCCCGUGUCAUCCACCACAUCAUCCAGUGGCAACGCCCUCCACCACUACCCCGCCGCCGCCGCCUUUGGCCAGCACUAUGGGCAGCUAUGGGGGCUGCUGGAGGAGCGCGCCAAGCUCACCUUCCUCCAGGAGUACUCACGCCGCUGGCAGGCCACGCACGGCUUUGUCACCAAGCUUUCCCGCCUGCUACAACAGCAGCAGCAGCAGCUGUUGGUGAACGCAACACGCCGACAGCAGCAGCAACCGCAGCAGCAACAUGGGAUGAUAAAGCGUCCAAGGUCUACCAUGUCCGUGUCCGAGUCGAACCUCGGACUGCAGGCUUUGGCUCAGGAGCUGAGGGUGCACCUGAGCCAUUGGGAUGUGCUUCGGUCGCAGGCGUAUUCCAACGUCUACCUGAGGAGAAACCUGUUCUGGUGGAGGGAGUCUCUCCAGGUGAUGCUGCAGAGCUGCCAGCGGAUGGGCUUGCAGUGUGUCUUCCUGAUGGAGCAGUGCAUAUACACCUCGCUGUGCGUCAUGGCCACCCAGCACCUCCGCCACCUUCCGAGGGACGCCUUAAGGGACCUGCUGGCCUGCGUGCAGAUCUUCAACCACACAGUUUUGCAGACCAGCACCACCAUAGCACAGUGGAGGAAACGUGUCGACCGCCUCACGGACUGGCCUUAUCUAAGUACCCGUUUGCCUGCAACAGUGGCCGGAACCGGAACCGGAACUUUCACGGUGUUCCAGAUUCUGAAGAUGUUGGCUGAGCAGAGAGGGCAGAUGUUGGCUGAGCAGCUCCACCUGUGGUCUUGUCAGCAGAUGGGUCAUGUGACUCGCUUUGGGCAGCUAGCAACAGCGGGGCAGGAGGACACUGCCGCCGCCAGCCUCGACUGGAGUCGUCCGGAGGAGAUCCUAGUGCUUCUCUCUGGACACACCUGGCAACAGAGCGACAACAAUAUCGGGCCACCGCCGCUGGCUCUUACUUGUCGCAAUGGGACCACAAGAUGUGUCAAGUCUGGUGCUUGCUACGCUGAUCGUCCCUUUUGGCUGUUUCUCCAGAGAGACUGCGAGUGUUUGGAGGUGCUGUUCCAGGCUUUGGCGUCAACGACUGACGACGUGCCGUCGAACGACAUCCUCGACAACUCCAAACCUGGUGCUUCCCUCGACCUCAGUGCAACUCCCUUAGGAGGUACUCAAGGACGGGGACAGAGGAAACCCCACCAAUCAUCUAAAGCCAUCUGUGAGAAGCCAAAAGCCAUUCAGUGGGGAGGAGAGCUAUGUUCUGAGUUGUUCCCCCAGUACCAGGAGAUGUUCCGUGCAGAGUUCAGCCGUGCAGCUAUCCGAUGCCUUUUCCACAAGGGACACCGCCGAGCCUGCGGCAGCUUGAACCAGUGGAGACAUCACCUGAUGUUUCAGUUACUCGGACAGCUAUCUCAUGCCUCCCAUGACAGGGAGCCUGUUCCAGUUGAAGGUGGUUCUGUGUUGAGGGGCCUCUGUGUUGAGGUCCUGUACUCCUCAGCCUGUACGCAGUGGGAUGAAGUGAUGUGCGAUGCCCUUGGCCACGGUCUGAAGGACAGGUGUGUCCCUACGGCCCCUGGAGCAGGGCAGGAGUCGUCUCUGGUCAUCACGGCCACCACACAGGGCCUGCUGGGCCUCUUCAGCCCCCUCUCUAUCCUACUACAGCUCCUCAAGGCCACGCUAUGCUCAGGGAAUGGCAGCUCGGUGACUUCGACACACAUCUUUGGGUUGCUAUGGAGAUCGGUUGCCACGGUGCAGGCCUGUACUGUCUGGGUUAUGAGCAGGGCCUACCAGUUCCUGUCCUCCUGGAACAUCAACAAGUUCCUACUCAUCACACAAGGAGACCUCGUGGCUUUACACUCUGCAUUGAGAAGACUGUCCCGUGAGGUGGAGGAUUUAAGUGGUGAACUAGACCUGCCUUUUACUCAAGCGCUGGCAGCAGAGGUCACCAGAGGAGUGGCACAGCUCAAGGUGUUUUCUGAUCUCAUUCUGAGGAUCUUCUCCAUGGACUGUAAGAGGAUGACUAUUGAGAUCUUCGAACAAACAAUGCCAUCAGCAAAACACUGGAGAGUCAACUACAAAACGGAGUUGCCGAGCAGCCCCAGUGAGUAUGCAGCGUGUGCAGUGCAGAGCGUUAUUGGCCAGGUGCUGGAGGGGGUGCAGCUGCUGCCUGAGGAGGCUCGAGUGCAGACCCUCACGGAGGCCAUGACCGUUUUCAUGGAGGCCUGGAUGGAGCACAUACUCAGGCAGAAGAUCAAAUUCAGUAUCCAGGGUGCGUUGCAGCUGAAGGAGGACUUUGGUGUGAUCCGUGACCUCCUGCGGUCGGAGGAGUACCGUGUGAGUGAGGAGCUGCACCAGAAGCUGCUGUCUCUGCGCGUCUUCCAGCAGGUGGACAGCGCCAUCUUGUGUCUGCUCCAGCAGCCCGUCUCGCGCUCCUACAUGCCCUCGCACGCCUGGGAGCCAUUCAGACACUGCUGCCCCGGCAUGGCGCAGGUGGACCAGGCGUCGGGCAGCCUGAAUAACCUGGACAGCAUGGACAUCCAGGCGGCUCACCGCGGCUCCCUCACGCCCCCUGAGGGCCCCCUCACCCCCCCGGAGAUGGUGUCCGCGGCGCUGCCCGACUCCUACUUCCCGCAGGCGCAGCAGGAGUGGCUGGACCUGCGCGUCCAUAGCAACACGCGCUGGAGGCUGCCCGGCCUGUACUGCCUCACCAAGUCAGAACCAUGACUGAUUUUGAUUGGCUGGCACUGC